UCGCUUCACUUACCCUUCUCCGGUUUCACAGUCUUUUCAUUUCUCGCUCUUCGUCUCCCUUUCUCUCUCGUCCCUGCACGCUUUCUCUUCCAUUUUGAUCCUAAAUCGGCUUAUAUUUAAGCUUGUUUGACAGCAUUUGUUUUGCAGGUUGUGUUAGAUUUUAAUUAGUAAGAUCGUGUUUCUGUUGCAGUGAGCAGCUGAUUAGGUUCAAGGAGUCACAAGGUUCAAGAAAGGAUCUCACCCAACUAAUAUCAGAUGGAACUGAACACGGUUAAAGAUGCAUUUGAUCGUGUUGCUAAGAAGCAGAAAUUGUCAUUCUCUAAAUCCCAAGAAGUAAUUGAUCAAGUUGGCCAUGAGAUUGAGCAGACAUUGGCUAAAAUCCAUUCAGCUAAUGAACUCCUAUCUCCUGUAGAUUUGAAAUCCCUCCUUGUUGAACUAAAACUCAAGCUCAAUGCCCUUGGUCCACUCCACCAGCUAGAAAGUUCACAGAAGGAAGUAAAUAUAAGCAUUAGCAAGUACCCGAAGGUUCUUGAGAAGUCUUUCAACCCUGAUAUAUCCAAGGCAUAUAGAAAUGUUGAUUUUGAUUUCCACGUAGUGAAUCAGAUCAUUGCAAGCCAUUUUUACAGGCAAGGCUUGUUUGACCUUGGAGAUUGCUUAAUAAAUGAGGCCGGGGAACCAGAGGCCACUGAAGUGAAAUCUCAGUUCUUGGAAAUGCAUCAAAUACUGGAGGCUAUGAAAGUUAGAAACCUGAAGCCUGCUCUGAACUGGGUCUCUGCCAAUCGUGAAAAGCUUAAGCAGAAUGGUUCAAAUCUUGAAUUGAAGCUCCACCGUCUACAAUACGUGGAGAUUUUAAAGAAUGGAAAUCGUGAUGAUGCACUCAGCUAUGCUAGAACUUAUCUUGCACCUUUUGCUUCUCUUCACUUGGAUGAGAUCCAGAAGCUUAUGGCUUCCCUUUUGUGGGCAGGAAGGCUUGACAACUCCCCAUAUGCAGAAUUGACGUCUCCAUCCCAUUGGGAGAGAUUGACUGAAGAGGUGACCCAGCAGUUUUGCAGUCUAAUGGGUCAGUCGUACGAGAGCCCACUGAGUGUGGCUGUAGCAGCUGGCAUUGAAGGGUUGCCUACACUGCUAAAACUGGCAAAUGUAAUGGCAGCAAAGAAGCAGGAGUGGCAGGCAAUGAAACAAUUGCCAGUCCCUGUGGAAUUGGGGAAGGAGUUUCAAUUCCACUCAAUAUUUGUUUGUCCCGUGAGUAGAGAUCAAAGUAGCGAAGAAAACCCACCAAUGUUGAUGCCUUGUCUGCAUGUUCUCUGCAAGCAAUCUAUCAUGAAACUUUCAAGAAGUAGUGCUCGGACUUUCAAGUGUCCAUACUGUCCAGCUGAGGCAUCAGUUGCACAAUGCAGGCAGUUAUUCUUCUGAUCCGCUUCUCCGAGGCCCUCCUUGUGGACUGAAUGCCACUGUUGUUUGAUAGAGGUGUGAGGGUGGUGAUUUAUAUAGGUGAUUGUUGAAAUUAAAACAUUUGUUUGUUGCUAUUGUAUAUAGAAAUUCUUUAUACAUUAUUUCUUUUCUUUUCACUUUCAAAAACCAAAUUAGCUACUAAAAUUCCUAGUCAACUUGUUAAUGAUACAUUCUUACCAAGAAACUUGUCUUGUAUGUGCUAAUACCAUGUAAGUGGGAAAUCUUUUAUGCAAUUCCAAA